GUCACGCGCGCUCCGUAAUGCUUGCAUAAUAAUAAUGACGGAUGCCGAUCGCGCGGCGGCGCCUUUGAUCUGCGCCGCGUUUGAUCUCGCCGCCGGAGCCGGUCCCGCUGCCCCUGCCUCACAACUCACAAACGAGCCGCCCGCCUCUUACCUUUAUUCGGUCCGACGCCGCGCGACGAGGCGGCCCUUCGCCCUCGCUCUAAAUAGAGGCUUUAUUUUGUAAACAGGGAGUAGUGCUACCGUAGCGCGCGUUCGGCACCACCACCGCUGCGCCUGCCAGCUGCCACUCCUGCCAGUGCCGGCACAGCCAUCGGCAGCAUGGGGUGUGUCCGCGGUCGCCUGCCGCGCUGUGAUCACAGCCUUCCGCGAUGACUGCGAGCGGCCGUCGCUCCUACUGGCUCACAUGGACCCUCUGUGCACUGGUCGCGGCCUGUGAGAGUGCAGCACCGCCCGACAGCCUGAGACUUGUGUGGCUGUCCAACACUACGCUGAUCUGCAACGAUGGGUCGCCAGCGGGAUAUUAUAUUCGUCGCGGCAGCAACAACCACCACUGGGUGGUGUACUUGGAAGGCGGCGGCUACUGCUGGGACAAGGCGUCGUGCGACGCGCGCUGGCGUCGUCGACCCAGCCUCAUGUCCUCCACGCGAUGGCCUCGAGCUCGGAGGGCGCCAGCUCUGCUCUCCUCCGACCCACAGGCUAAUCCAAUUUGGCACGCUUCCAACCACGUCCUGCUGCCAUACUGCUCCAGUGAUAUGUGGGCGGGUACACGCACAAACCGACACUCUAGUUCCAAUAGCAGCUUUGCGUUCGCAGGCUGUUACAUCGUACGUUCUGUACUCGACGAACUCUUGAAAAUCGGACUUGCCGGUCGUUUGCUGCUCGUCGGAUCGAGUGCGGGUGGAACUGGUGUUAUGCUUCACGUGGAUGCCGCAAGACGAAGCCUUCGCGCACAUGGCAUUCGUGUCGCUGCCAUCGCAGAUUCUGGUUGGUUUCUGGAUAGGCCGCCGAAAGCGAGGCGUGCAUCCUCAGCCGAUGCCAUCGCCCGGCUAGGCCAUUCUCUGUGGUCGGGAUCUCCGCCGAAUUCCUGCGUCAGAGAGUAUCGAGAUAAACCCUGGCUGUGUUAUUUCGGAUAUCGCUUGUAUCCGCACAUUCGGACACCUCUUUUUGUUUUCCAGUACCUCUUUGACUCAGCCCAAUUGACUGCAGAAGGAGUUCGAGCCCCACGAACGAGAGCACAGUGGGAUGCGGUUCACGAGACGGGCUCAGCGAUUCGCGCGAGUCUGAAACGCGUGCGUUUUACUUUUGCUCCGGCUUGUAUCGCUCACGGCGCACUCGCUCGCCCGGAAUGGUUGGCGAUCAACGUGUCAGGUGUAUCGUUACCCAGAGCUAUCUCUUGUUGGGAACGCCGGUUCAGCAACGGCAGCAGACGAGUUCGUGCCCGAUGUGCACCGCGGAGACUGAUAGAGCGCUGCUCGUGGCCUCAGUGCAACGGGUCGUGUCCCCGGUUGCGAGAUCCUAGAACUGGAGAGGAAGUGGCGCUCGCUGCGCUUCUACAGAGCUUUGGCCUCGAUGUUCGCGGCGCUGCAGCUGCGAUGGGACUCGAUGCUCGGGCGUUAUCCCGUAUGAGUCGUGCAGAGUUGCUGCCUCUGUUAGCACCGCACACGUGAUAAAAAUGACUGUUUUGUGCUUUAUUGCACGGCUAAUCUACCUCGUUUAUUGCAAGUACAAUUAAUUUUAAAAUUUAGAUAUUAUUUAUUGUAAUAGAAUAAGUGAGUAAUAUAAGUGAUUUUUUUUAACAUU